UAGCUUCUGUUUGAUGAAUCAGCAACCGCUUUACUUGGGGGUUUGGUAUUGUGAGGAAAAGCCACGACAGCGAUCAGCAGAAGAAAAUGAUACCUGUCAAAUUAAUACCGUGGAUUUUCCUCAUUAGCAUUGUUGCAGCUGCAGAUGAUCCUGUUGAUGAGAAAGAACCUGAAAAAUUUGCAAAAGUAAAACCUAAAGGCUUGAGUCUGAAGGAUGUUCGAUUUGUUGUCAUCAGUCAGCCAAACUCUUAUCACAAAAAGAGGUCCUUAGAAUUCAAAAAACAUUUUGAAGAUCAAAUAAUGCACCUACCUAAGGAUGAGAAACCUAAACUGUACUUCACACAUGAACAUUGGGAUCUCGUAGGAGCAUUCACAGUUCUACCUCUUCUACCAGUGUUUGCUAAAGACUUUCAAGAUUCUUCUUGGGUUUUUAUAUGUGAAGAGGAGACAAGACUGGAUCUAUCCAAACUGAUGGAAGUUCUGGUCAAACAUGAACCAAACAAGGAGUACUUUCUGGGUAAGGCUCUACGUGAUCGGGAAGCAACCAUCAUUCAUCAUUUUGCCCAUGCUAAUAACCCCCAUUCCUUUGCUUUCCCGGACUUUGGUGCUGGAAUUGCCCUGAGCAGAGCUUUGUUUAUGAGUGUUGGACAAAGAUGGCCAGAUGAUUCUGUUAGAUCAGACUUUACCAUAGAUCCCAAACAUGAGCUAGCUAUGGUGAUAAAGAAUGGAGGAAAAGGAGUGGAUCUUACAGAAGUACCAGAGUUAUGUACCUUUGACCACAAUGAGAAGUGUGCAUCCUGGUACCCUAUGAAAUUCCCAGACUGUGGUCCUGAGAUUUCUGAAGACAAUCUUGCUGUAGGAGUUAAAACCUGUGAGAAAUUUCAUGAAGAAAGAGUGUCCAUUGUGAAAGAAACAUGGGGGAAGGACACAAAGAACAUUGAGUAUUUCAGUGAGAAGGAGGACCCCUCAAUCCCCACCAUCAGCCUGGGCAUUCCUAAUACAGAGAGAGGACAUUGCGGAAAGACCAUGGCCAUGCUAAGGAGAUGGCUGAAGGAAAAGAAAUUUGAGAAAGUCUCCUGGUUCCUGAUUGCAGAUGAUGACACCAUUAUCAACUUGAAGCGGCUUCGGAAGUUGCUGGCCUGCUAUGACCCCAAAGAACCAGUUCACCUGGGUGAGGUGUAUGGUUACUCUGUGGCCAAGAAGAAUUGGGGGUACACCUACAUCACAGGUGGAGGAGGAAUGGUGUUCAGCAGAGAAGCCAUUAACCAGCUGGUGACAAAUGGGGAGGCCGACUGCCAUGCAGACGAUUCUCCGGACGACAUGACUCUGGGGAUGCGCUACAAACGACUAGACAUCAGUUUGGUUCAUAGUCCUUAUUUUCACCAGGCUCGGCCCAUGGAUUACAGUGCUGAUUUCUUAGCUGCUAGAACUCCUUUAUCAUUCCACAAACACUGGAUGUGUGACCCCAGGGCUGUGUAUGCUGACCUGAUGAAGGAGCCAGAAGACACUGACACACAGACAGACAAGGACAAUUCCUCAACAGAGAGGACCGCCGAGGAGCAUGAGGAACUAUAGGGUAUUAUAUACAGUUGAAUUAAAAUUGUACGAAGAGCAGCAGGAACUAAAGUGGUAGUUGAUUGAAUAGAAAAUGUGUGAGAAAUAUUUGGAAAAAGUGGUAGUCACUUGAAAAUGAAUGAGGAACAUCAUGAUAAAGUGGUAGAUAAUUGAAUAGAAAAUGUUUAAUCAGUGUUGCAUGAAAUUAGUUUUGUCUUGGGAAUCAAACACAAUGCACUUAAAUUGUUGCUUUCUUUUUAAUCAUGUGAAGAAAAUUUCCUAUCAUAAAAAGUGAUUUAUGUUUUUAAAAAAUUAUGAUGCUCAUGUCUCAGAAAUGAUUGACACACAGUACUCUAAAUUAUGUAUUAAUUUGUUUGUUUACACAUGUAUAUUUUUACUUUGAAAGAAUUCCAAAGACAAUCAUGUGAAAGGGUAGUUACUGAUCUUUUUAAAAAAUUUCAGAAAUAGAAAUGUGUCAUGUUAAUCGUACAGAAUCUCCGUUUUAUCUGAAUCUUCGUUUAUGAUAUUUUAUUGUUGUGUGAAUUCUUCUGUUUUGAAUAGAGAAGGAUCAUAUCUUAUUGUUAGAUUUUAAUUUUUUUUUAAGUUUUUGUUAUAUAUUUUUUGUUGCCAAAUCAAACUGCCAAAGCACAAGUCAAAUAUCAUACCCAUUCUGAUUUCCACUGAUUUUUUUUUUUUAUAUGAAUAUUCUUUGCGAGAUUUUAGUGUGAUUAUCAAUUUUCAUUGAGACAUUAUUUUGUAGUCAAUUCUACAACUUUAGUAUUUAUCAUGAAUUGUAUAAUGAUGUGAUUAUCAUGAAUUUAUAAUGAUAUACAUUUUCUGCACUAUGCAAUUUUGCCAUGAGAGCACCAUUUGUGUGGUUGGAUGUAACAUUCCACAGUAAAUGAAGCUGCGAUAUCUUAGCCCAAACCCAACUUUUAUGCAAAAAUAAAUUAAAAGAGAGAUCGUAAAAAAAAUUGGAGCCAGUGAUGUAAAAACAAAAUAUUUAUGCAUCUAUAGAAAUUCAUUUCUGGCUUAAUGUACAUCUAUAUAAUUCAAUCCAUGAAAACAUCUUUUUACAUUAAUGAAUUUAAACUAUGCAAUUUUACAUUGUGUGUAUACCGGUACCUGUAUGUACAUGCCGAGGUUGGUUUCAUUUUUGUUAUGAUGAAAAAGAAGUUAUGAUUACCUGAAUAUGUAAGUGGGUUAUAUGACAAUUGCCUUGAAAUUAUCAUCAGGUGGAGAGUGUGUUUUGAAUGUUUUGUGUUAUUAAAUUCUACAUGUACUUUUAUUAAUCAAAUGAAUCCUGUAUCUAACUGGGAAUUGUUGGGGGGGGGGGGAGGGUCUGCUGGAAAUAGUUGGCUAAAAAUUUUCAUUCAUCUUUGUUUCUUGUUCUGAUAACAGUAUUAUUAUUUCUUAUAAAUUACCGGUAAUAUCUGUAUAUACAUUCAAAUAAUCGUGUACACCAAGCAUUACAUUAUAAAUGUAUCAAAAUUUAUAUAGACUGGUACAUGCAUAUCUGUUGCUUUAAACCUUUUUUGUUUCUUGUUUAAAUACUGAUAUCAUGCAUAACCAUAUAAAAAAAAAAUUUAAAACGCUGGGCACAAAUUAAUCAAUGUACUACAUUGUAUAUAUACAUUGUACCUGUAUGUGCCUGCUCACUGUUUUCCGAAAUUCAUAUCUACAUGUAAGAGAAAGGACAAAACUGUGCUUAAUGACAUGCAAGCAAUGAUAAUCUGACUGAGUGUUUACAUUUUAACCCACUGUUUCUUUAAACAUUCAAAUGAUUCAAUUUACUGAACGUCUUUGGUCUAUGUCUGUUCACUUCACCCAUCAACACUGAAUAGUUUAGUCCCAAUAUUGUAUGGUCUGUAACUGUAACUGUCUCGAUUUUUAUACCAUUUGUUUGUAAGCAGCUGCAAACUCAAAUCCUGAUUGGUUGGAAUAGAAGUAGAAUUGAUAUAGAUGUUAAAUUAUUGGAAUAAAAACUUAUUUUCUUCUUA